AUGUUGACAAAAUAUUAUUCGGAUUUCUUGCGAACAAACUCACAUUUACUUAUGUGUCUGUACAAACAAAUAUCGAUAAUCCCGAAAUCAAUCGAACAAGAAUUAGCUGAAGCAAUCCAAGCGAAUGCGAAUUUGUCUCAACAAUUUCAACAACAGCAGCACGAGUUUCAACAAGAGAGACAACAAUUGGGACAACGAAUAGAGAUACUUCCACAGCAGCUAUGA